AUGGCGUCCCUUACGCCACCUGUCUCCAUCCGCCAUGGAGUCAGGUGUGUGACGGCGAACGGGGUGAAUGUGGAGGAAGUGCUACUUGCAGUUGGACAGGAGAUCGGCUAUGAAAACAUUUCAUCUGCCUCGCGAAUGAAUAAAGCGGUGGUUGUGUUUUUAAAAGAAGAGAACCACGUGAAUCAUCUUAUAAGCAGCGGAAUAGUGGGAAGUGGAGACUUUGUUACUGUUUUGCCGCUGGUUGCUCCAACUAUUAAGGUGACUGUGUCAAACGUGCCGCCUUUCAUCCAGAGUAAUGAGAUAGAACGAGAGCUUUUGCGAUUAUGCUACGGUCUGUGUCCUCACAUGACAGUGGAGAACAGAGAUCGCCUGAGAGUUCGUGACCUGCUGACGGCGUACUACGACCUCGACUACCACCACAACCCCCGCGGGUCCAGCUACUGGAGGAACAGGGUGAUGAAGGUGGCGUCCAAAUACACUGGGCGGGGCCUGACGUUCUCAGUAGCCAAUAAGAAGGACUUCCUGUCUGAGCUGGAGGACGACUUCGGUCUGGGAACGUCAGACGGAGGAGAGCUGCCGUUCGUCACAAUCCGGACCAAACUGGGCCACAAGUACACCAUGAGAGAGGAGUUCACGAGGGACGGUCUGUCCCUGGAGAGGUUUCUGGACGAUUACUUCGCAGGUCGACUCAAACGUUACGUCAAGUCUGAACCCGUACCUGAGAGAAACAGCGGCGCUGUCAAGGUGGUUGUUGCAGAGUCUUUUGAUGACAUCGUCAAUGAUCCAGACAAAGACGUUCUGAUCCAGUUUUACUCUCCGUCCUGUCCACACUGCAAGAAACUGGAGCCGGUCUACAGAGAGCUGGCUGACACCCUGUACUAUGACCCUCACAUCGUGGUCAGUAAGAUGAACGCAGCCGAUAACGACGUCCCGCUGGGUUACGACGUCCGCGGGUAUCCCACCAUUUAUUUCGCCCCAGCCGGUAAAAAGGACGAGCCCAUAAGAUACGAGGGGGGUCGAGAGCUGAAAGACUUCCUGAAGUUCCUGAAGCGUGAGGCGAGCCACGGUCUGGUCUCCGGCGGCUCGAAAGACGAGCUCUGACGCAUUUCCAUCCACAAACAGGACUGACUACAGGGACGCAACCAACUGGUCUCAAGUACUGAUCCUGCUGACGGACCUGGACCUGAAUCUGGACUUGAGACAGGAAAUGAUUUCUCAUUUACCAGAAAAACACCCAUCCACUAUGAUGUCAUAGAUGACAUCACCAGGCUGCCUGCUGAGUCACUAGAAAAUAGGGUUUUAUAUAUAUUUACACGUUUUGUAGGCUGUUGAAAGGCCCUCUGGGAAAUGCAGUAAUAGAGAGCGGCUGAUGUGAAUAUUUGAGGCUGACGACAAUAAUAAUAAAUUAGCUGAUAUUCAGUUUUUAACAAAUACAAGAAUCCCUUAAUGUGGUUAGAUUUGUUCUGGACACUACGCCGUAACCUGCGCCGUACCCUACACUCUACCCUACACUGUAUCCCACACUGUACCCUAAGCUGUACCCUACGCCGUACCCUAAGCCAUACCCUACACUGUAUCCCACACUGUACCCUAAGCUGUACCCUACGCCGUACCCUAAGCCAUACCCUACACUGUAUCCCACACUGUACCCUAAGCUGUACCCUACGCCGUACCCUAAGCCAUACCCUACACUGUAUCCCACACUGUACCCUACGCCAUACCUUACACUGUACCCUAAGCUGUACCCUACGCCGUACCUUACACUGUACCCUAAGCUGUACCCUACACCGUACCCUACACUCUACCCUACACUGUAUCCCACACUGUACCCUAAGCUGUACCCUACGCCGUACCCUAAGCCAUACCCUACGCUGUAUCCCACACUGUACCCUAAGCUGUACCCUACGCCGUACCCUAAGCCAUACCCUACACUGUAUCCCACACUGUACCCUAAGCUAUACCCUACGCCGUACCCUAAGCCAUACCCUACACUGUAUCCCACACUGUACCCUACGCCAUACCUUACACUGUACCCUAAGCUGUACCCUACGCCGUACCUUACACUGUACCCUAAGCUGUACCCUACGCCAUACCUUACACUGUACCCUAAGCUGUACCCUACGCCAUACCUUACACUGUACCCUAAGCUGUACCCUACGCCGUACCUUACACUGUACCCUAAGCUGUACCCUACGCCGUACCUUACACUGUACCCUACACUGUAUCCCACACUGUACCCUAAGCUGUAUCCUACGCCGUACCCUACACUCUACCCUACACCGUUCCCUACACCGUACCCUACACUGUAUCCCACACUGUACCCUAAGCUGUACCCUACGCCGUACCCUACACUCUACCCUACGCCGUACCCAACGCCGUACCCUAAGCCAUACCCUACACUGUAUCCCACACUGUACCCUAAGCUGUACCCUACGCCGUACCUUACACUGUACCCUAAGCUGUACCCUACGCCGUACCUUACACUGUACCCUAAGCUGUACCCUACACCAUACCCUACACUCUGCCCUACACUGUAUCCCACACUGUACCCUAAGCUGUACCCUACGCCGUACCCUACGCCGUACCCUACACUCUACCCUACACCGUUCCCUUCACCGUACCCUACACUGUAUCCCACACUGUACCCUACGCCGUACCCUACACUCUACCCUACACUGUAUCCCACACUGUACCCUAAGUUGUACCCUACGCCGUACCCUACACGCUACCCUACACUGUAUCCCACACUGUACCCUAAGUUGUACCCUACGCCGUACCCUACACUCUACCCUACACUGUAUCCCACACUGUACCCUAAGCUGUACCCUACGCCGUACCCUAAGCCAUACCCUACACUGUAUCCCACACUGUACCCUAAGCCGUACCCUACACUGUAUCCCACACUGUACCCUAAGCUGUACUCUACGCCGUACCUUACACUGUACCCUAAGCUGUACCCUACGCCGUACCUUACACUGUACCCUACACUGCGCCAUAACUUGACACAGCCCUCCCCAAAAAUGUAAACAGACGACGCUGGAGAGUUACUCCUUGCUGGCUCCAGAACAGGGGGGAUUGAGUUUUCUCAGUCGUGGCCUCUAGACUGGAAUGACUUGCCUCUUCAUGUCAGGCCGGCCCCCAGCCUUCCUGUUUCAGUCACGACUAAAAACUCACCUCUACCACUUGACUUUUAACCCAGUUUGAGACUUUAUGUUGCUAUUUUAUGGUUGUUUUUGUUUUGUAUUGAUUUAUUUAUUUGUUGAUUGAUUCGUGUCAGUGUUCACUUUGUACUCAACCUGGUUGUUUUUAAAUGUGCUUUACAAAUAAAGUUGGAUUAGAUUGGAUUGAAGUAUAAAUUGGCGUUAAAGCCUGAUGUACACUUCUGCGUCGUGUCUACGCCGCGGCCUAAGAUGAAGGCCACGCACACACGUGAGCAUUUAUACUUGUGCGUAGGUGUCUGUGUCACUCUGCAGUUAUGGCGCCAAAACGCUAGCUGGCGGUGGGUUUCUAUGUUCCACUGUGGUGAUUUCUGUCGGUGAGCCGGCUAACUUGCUGUUCAGCCCUCCUCUAACUUGAAUGGGGGUAAAAUAAUAAUCAUGCAGCUCUUCUAGACUUUCCAAAUGUUAUUGACCAAUUGGAUCAAACUCUGAUAGUGAAACAUGUCGCAAGGGUUGUGAUCAGAGCUUGAAAUUAACACACGCCAAAUGCGGGUGGAUUUCGGCCGUGGCGGGUAACACAGUCACUCCCACUCGCCACUUUGGUGUGUUUAAAAAUUGUAGUCUUUUCAAAAGGUAUCUGAAAUAACAAAUUGCAAUUUGACACUACAACUCCCAUGAGUACAGGAGAACAACCUUUCCAGAGUUAGUUCUAUUUUAUAAUAAACGUAGUCAUGCCCUGUAGGGCUUUGUUUCUAAUGCAGAUAAUUUUUCUACUCUGUAUUAUAGUAUUUAGUGCUGUUAUAAAUAAAUCAACAGCUCUUUCAGUCUUUACAAUGAGAAGCUACUAAAAUGUAAUUUUGGUGAAAACAUGUGGUGAGUAAAAAUGCUGCGUGGCUAGUAACUUUGGAAAACCACUGGCCACAUUGGCUCGUGAGCAAAAAAAGUUAAUAUCAAGCCCAGGAUGCUACCAAGCCGACCAAUCACAGUUCUUGCGUCUCUGUGACAUGUAGUUAGAUUUUUGGGGAGGUGAGCGUUGGGCUACGGCAUAAACUCGACGCAGAAGAAGUAAAAAUCAGGCUUUACAGUGUGGGAAUAAACCUGAGCGCCCUCUGGUGGACAGACGAGACACUGGCGCUCGUUCAUGAAACGUCUUUUCAGAUUUUAACUUAAUGAGAAGAUAACCUUUUCUUAUUCCUGAAUGACGACACCAACACGUUGAGUAUUUUCAGUUGGUGAUGAGUUACAUAACAGAUAAAAACAUUGUGACCUCCUUGAUGUUAGAGGACGCUGUGAAAUCAGUCAUCAAUAUUAAUCUUGUUCCUUCUCAGAGUGAAGUGGAUGUACAGCGUUCAAGCUUUUUUCUUUCAGUACUGGAGGGGUCGGAGUGUCUCUUGCUGCCUUCAGAUGAUUCUUUUCAUUGUUGAUUAAUCUGCCAAGUAUUUAAAGUGUUUCUCAGAGUUCAACUUUCCAGCUGUUUAUCUGUACUUAGCGGAACUCGUCUGAUCGUGUGAAACUUUUUCAGGACGUCUCUGCGCUCACAUGAUUCAUUCUUUGUCCCUAUUUAUUUUAUGCACAAAGAAAAUGCAACGUAUUUAUAAAUUUCAUUGUCUGUGGAAACAGUUUUUUGUUUUUUAUUGAAAGCCUCUUUGUAUGUUUUGUGAAAAACUGAUGCAAAAAUCUGUUCUGAGCCUUAUUGAUGUUUUACUGAGGAUUUAAUAAACCUCUGAUAUAAACAG